CCGUAUGCUACUGUAUAGUAUCUCGCGGCAAUAGCCGAGUGGCUGAAGGCCACCGGCGGGCUAGCCAGUCACGCCGAAGGGCAGGUAAGGAAUCAAGCUCGUCGCUGUCGGUCGUAAUCCCCUCAAGAUGCCUCGUGUAUACAAGCCCGGAAAAGUCGCGAUUGUCCUCCAGGGACGCCAGGCCGGAAAGAAGGUCGUUGUGAUCAAGCAGCUGGAUGAGGGCACGAAGGAGCGGCCAUACCCCCAUGCGAUCGUCGCUGGCGUCGAGCGCUACCCGCUCAAGGUGACGAAGCGCAUGGGUCAGAAGAAGUUGGCGAAGCGGAGCAAGGUCAAGCCUUUCAUCAAGGUCGUUAACUACUCGCAUUUGUUCCCUACCCGAUACGCACUCGAGCUCGAGGGUCUCAAGGGCACUGUAGCUGCCGAGACUUUCAAGGAGCCAACACAGCGGGAGGAUGCGAAGAAGGUGAUCAAGAAGCUCUUCGAGGACAGGUACACGAGCGGAAAGAACAAGUGGUUCUUCCAGCCUCUGAGGUUCUGAGCUUGCUGGCUCUUGUCCGCCGCGUUGUUGGAGACCUCAAAAUCGCUACAUGUAUUUCACAUGCAUACUCAUGACGCAUGCCCGCAUAUUGCUAUCUCGUAUUCUCUCCGGUAUUAUGCAAUGACUCUCACAGCAUACUGCAAUCGAGACUCGGCGACUUAAGCCAGUGAGUUGUACCCCACUAUAGCUGUGGGAGAGUAGCCUCCGCCCGAUUGCGUGCGUUCCACGCUCGUAUCAAUGUUCGUUGGCAUAUGAUGUCUCGUGCGUUUUGUCGUUACUAGGAUCAAUCUAGCGACGCUGAGGGCGCGGCAGUUUCAGCGCACCUGUGAA